CUGCGCUACGCAGCAAAGAAAUUUGGGGAUUUUGAAAGAGAGGUCAGCCAAAAUUUGCCUCGAACAACCACCACUGGAGAGAAGUUGAUUGGUUAAUUAAAUAACCCAAGAGCAGCUGUUGGGAUGGGGCUUUUAUCAGACCCAGAAAUGAGAAAGAAACUAAGACAAUUUUUAGAUCGAUGGCGAACUCCUUUAAGCAUUUUAGGAUAUGUUGGUGGUCUAUUAUGGCUUGUUUUCCUUGCAAGUGACGAUUUUAAUGCCAGGACCUAUAUAUCAGAGAAUGCCCUUUUGCCAGCAUUAGUUGAAACAAAAUAUUCUGAAGAGCACACUGCCCAUAGACAUUAUGAUCAACUGAGUGAAAUAUGCAAAAUCAACUUUAGUUUGGAAGGGGAGUUUAUUGAGCGUCAAAUGGUUUCAGCAGGGCUUGAAGUAUUUCAUCAGAAUGUGAGUUGUCUAAAUGGACAAGGAAUAAGAAAGAAUAUCUAUGGAAUAUUAAGAUCGACAAGAUCAAGCGGUGUUGAGUCUCUCGUACUGAACGUGCCAAACAGACCGAAUUGUAGAUCAAACGGUGCAUUGGCAUUGUUGUUUUCACUGAUCGAUCACUUCAAGGUCCAGAAUUACUGGGCAAAGGACAUCAUCUUUCUGGUGAGCGGAGGAGAUUUGUGUGGGGUGCCAGCCUGGCUUGCUUCUUAUCAUGGAGAAACACAGAAACCAGGAAUUCAGGCCUCAGACCUCAAAGGUCAUGCUGGAAAGAUCCAGGCAGCAAUUGUCGUUGACUUUCCAAAUGCAGCCAUUAAUGGCUUUGACGUUCUCUAUGAAGGAUCAAAUGGUCUCGAGCCAAAUCUUGACCUUAUAAGUAUGACUUUUGCCGUGUCAAGAUCGGAAGAAAUUCCAAUCAAAUUACAUAACCAGGACACGUACGAUAAUAGAUAUGCUCACAAGAGUGAAGAGUUUCAAAGCUGCCUCGGAACUCUAGCAAGAUGCAUUUUGAGACUUGCAUCUGGAUAUCCCACUGGUGAACAUGGCUACUAUGUUAAGUAUCGUAUAGAGGCUGUCACUUUAAGAAAUUCUGCAGUGGAAAAAUAUGGAAAAGAAGCAAGUUUCAAUGAAAUGGGAAGGACAGUUGAAGGGAUUUUUCGAAGCCUGAAUAACCUUCAAGAGCACAUGCACCAAUCUUUUUUCAUGUACCUUUUGCCAGCCGGUAAUAGGUACAUUUCUAUUGCACUGUAUAUGCCUGUACUUGGAUGCAUCCUCAUUGGUCCACUGCUACAUGCUGUUAAACUAUGGAUGGAAGUAACAAAACCAGAUACUGUUUCCAGCAAAGGGGCCCCUGAGAUUCUGGUGUCUGCUACCGUAUUCUUGGCAUCUUCGAUAGGUCUAAGUUACGGCUACCGCUAUUUGCUGUCAUCUAUAGUAUUUCAAGACAAGGCUGGCCUCAACAUCGAAAAAGAAGCAAUACUCAAUAUCGUUUUGGCUCCUAUUGCUUUGAUUUUCAGUAUGGGGAUCCUUUCCAAGACGAGAAAUGAACAAGAAUGGAAAGCUCGCAAACUCAUCACUACGUUCCUUCUCAUCCUUGUUAUUGGUAUGACGUCAUUGUUGAACUUUUCGUUAGCUUUGGUUGUUGCGAUUCCAUUGGUUCCAGCUGUUUUGUUUCUGGACAUGAAACCUUCCCGAUUGGCUGGAUCUCUUAACUAUGUUUUGAUGUUUCUAUCAACGCCAUAUGCUGUUAUUAUGCUGCUGUCAGCCCUUUAUUUAAAGGUGACUAGAAUGUCGCUGGAAUGGAAGGAGUUGUUUGAAAAAAGCCUACAAAACAGCCAUUUUCUUAUUAAGUAUGCAUUCAGUAACAGCCAUUUGGACGUUUGGACACUGGACAUACUUUUCUUUGCUGUCAUUCCAAUUUGGAUCAUGUCUGUUUCUCUCGUUUUUCAUACUCGGGUUGCCUCACGAUGACGAUACCGCAGUGUGAUAAACCAUGCCCUUUUUCUGAAAGAAAAUGGGGAAUUACCUAGCAAAAUAAGAGCCGUUUAAAGGGCAAGCUCAAUCAGAGGCUUCAAGUUUUGACAGACCACGAGGCUGUGUUAUGUCAUGUGAUCACGCUUCAGGUUGGUCCAAUCAAAUCAUCAGAAACUUUAAGCAAAAUCAUACAUAGUUAUCCGUUUAAAAUUCCACUUAACAAUGUGCAAGAAGGAAUCAACUUUCAGUAAGGUUCAAUCCAAGGGUUCCAUUUUAAAGCAAUUAUCUUUAAUCGCAUGUUGUUCUUAGUUUGCUGUGAAAAGUAUGUUUCUUUACAAAUGUAAACGUGUCCCUUUCCUUUCACUGGUUUUAUCGUAUGAUCUGUACUUUUUAGCUACUAGUAUCCAGUAUACCAAGUACGGGAAUAUGUUAGUAAUGACCGCAGUAUCUACAAAAUUCAUUGAAGCUAAGGUGUUUAUUGCCUGUUACCCUCAAAAUACGGACCUUUUUACCGGAAAAGUGCCUUUAGGAUGCAAUAAGCGAAUCAUGGCAGGGCAGCAUUAUCGAGAUGACGUAAAUCAGGAGUUCCAAAUUUUAGAGCAUCCAUACACUAACUGCCGUCUUUUGGCGAGUAACAUUCUCACUCUACAAGAAAAUGUUGCUAUAAGUAGAGAAAUGGUACUUUGUGCUUUGCAACGCUUUCGCUCAUGCAUAUCUUUUUAAGAGAUGAUAGCACAUACUUUUAUCAGCGCUAGUUUAUCAUGCAUGAUAGAUUUGUAUACAUUUCACAAUACCGUUUUCAAGUUAUUUUUAGAGAAGAUUUUUUAGCUCCAGGAUUUGGAUUGAGGAACCAAACUGUGACGAUAUCAAGAUAAGGGUUUUGUGAUAUUAUUUUUGGUUUUCGAAUUUAUAAUCGCCAUAAAACAAUAUAUGCAAAAGUAGUAUGGAGUUUUGUUUUAACAAGUUGAAUGUCAAUUAACAGAAUUAAAAUCAAGGGAUUAAGAACACAUCCUUGUUUCAAUUCUUUAUUACUCCAGUUAGGGUUGGUAUGUUUUUCGCUAAGUUUGAAGCAUAAUAUGUACAGGAAUGAUGUGUUCAUGGAUUUAUUAAUAUUUUGAACUUGAAUUUUUUUUUAUCUUAUAAGAGGAUAGUUUAGCCAUGCCAAUUUUCUCCUUACGCUUUUGCUGCACGAUUCAUUUUCUCUGUGUUUAUUCCACGCUCUUUCCAACACCUGCUCUUCCAUUAGCAAUUGGUCUUUAAUGCCCUAAAUCUUGAAAGUAAGACCCGGCUUACUUUCAUCGGCAUUUGAGACUUUAUCAUUGAUCCCACCAGUCCCUAGAGAUUUUUCAUCCUAAAGCAAUUUAUGGCUUUAUAUAGCUCAUUAUUUUGAUGGAAAAUUGUAUAACUUUAGAGUGGUUAUCUGUUAAAGUACCUGCCUUGAAUAUUUUACUUUUAAUCAUCGGCCUGUUUGUGAGUUGUAUACCUUUGGAUUACCCCCAUAUAUCUGUUUCCAAAACUUCUUUGGAUUUUCAUCUUUCGCGCCGUGUAAUCGAUUUUGAAGCUAAAUAAAUACUAAAUUACGAAUGUCGCAUCUUAUGCAUGGCUUAUCUGGUUUUCUACCAGCAAGGGAACAUGUGAUAAUUUGAAUUGUUGUUCGUUUCUUUACCAAAUGAACUAGAACUCAUUUAGAACCGAAUUCAUCACAUAGAUGGAUUAGGUACUGUAUUUAACCUUAUACUUGAUGCAUUUAAAUCGUACUUUAUUAAAUGGCCCGUAAGACAAGAUGUCAGGGGGUAAGUAUUUUUGUAACUCAAAAUGCCAAAAGAUUCUGAUCAAAAUCUUCUGUGACCCAAUAAUGAAUGGAUGAACACACCAUGAACAGUCAAGGACAAGACCGGUGUUGAAUAUGCAGUUUCAUUUAAGAUUCUAGAAUUUUCGUUUCUGUGAAAAUAACAGCGAAAGCCUGUAAAAGCUGAUUUUGAACGAAUUCUUGCGUAGAUUUGAGAUUUUGCUAGAUAAACUUGGGCCGUUGCGAGAGAUAAGGCUUUUUCCAGCUUUUCGUCUCAGCAAAAUCAAAUUUGAAUUGCUUGGAAAGAUAAAAAAGCGUUCUUUCCAAUACAUUUGCUCUUUUUAAUAUCUCUAAGCACCAAAAUACCGGUAUUUUUAUAGCCGGUAAUAAAGGAUUAUUUGCAUAAGAAGCUCUUCAAGUUUAAUAACUUCUGUCAGGCAGAGUAUCUACCCAGCUGAUGAUGGGAACACUGUCUACAAAAGCAGUGAGCGCUGUUAUUUGUUUUUGAAGAUCUACGUCGCGAGCUGUUUAGGCCGCAAAAAAAUUUAAGAGUAGCAAAUCGAUAAAAGCAAUAUAAUUUUACCUUUUAGAUCAACAUGCAGUUUCAAUUCGUCUUGGUAUCCCAUCAUAUUUCAGGUUUGACCCAAGCCUUCAGGAAGAGGGUGGGACUAAAAGAGUGCAUGCUUCAUCUAUGUCCUUAAGAAUGAAGAGGUUUUUUGUUAGUGCUUAUAAGCUCAUUUGGCUUCUUAAGUGACUUCUCUCCAUUACCUCUCGUUGACAACCAUCUGCGUCCUUUGUCGCAAACUCAUAUUUUUCUUUGGGGAGCUUUCUAUGGGAGAAAGGAAUUUUAUAUUUCGAGUGCUAAGGUGUGGCCACCUUGAAGAUAUCCAUACUCAGAGUGAAAGAAUAAUUAACGGUGUCCAUUUUCGUAAUUUGGCUUUGGUGAAACUAAUUAUUUCGAUUACUUUGGUACGAAAGAUUAUAAUUGUUAAAUUUUCAAAGAAGUUUUAAUGGAUGUAGUCAAAGAUAUGGCCACAGGUUGUUUUUUCUGAUGAUUUUCGUGUGCAUUUUGAAAGUUGAUAGGAAACAUCCCUCGACACUUUAAAAAUAGGCAAAAAUCAUUGGUCUAAAAAAUCUCAUCUUCAGCCGCAAGAGAAUGUUCCGAGGGGAGAAAGAAGGCUGUAGCUCUUGAAAGAUAACUUAGAAAGAAAACUUAAUUUUAUAAGCCCCCCCCUCAUAUAAGCCCCC